AGGCAGACAGAGUGCGAGUCAGAAAGGCACAGGAUCUCAGGGCAGCAGCAGUUCAAACAGCCUGGCAGACAGAAACAGAGUUUCAUUGAGAGUCGAUGUUUUAUUAAAGGGCAGGAGAAGUCACACAGACAAACUCCAACACACACUAAUAAACUCAGAGCAGAAAGACAGUCAGGAACAGGCUAAACCCAAAAUAUACUAACAUUAGCUAGAGAGGAAAAGUCUAAUAAGGACACACUCACUGCACUUUUACUCCCCACGUCUCACACACAUUCAAACACACACUACUGCUGUGCUGAGUGUGUGUCACCCUGAGGGAAGAGCAGGGCUGAUCGACCCCAACAAGAGGAGCAUCAGGGAGAAAGGAGCACGCAAGUGGAUGGAUGCCUUUUGCAGACUCAGUGGCCUGGACCCUCUGUGGGACUGGAACCGUACAUGGUACACAGCCAACCCAGACCUGACCCAGUGUUUCCAGAAUACAGUACUGGUGUGGGUCCCCUGCAUCUACCUGUGGUUGCUGGCCCCGUUCUACUGUCUUUACCUGUACUGCCAUGACCGUGGACGCAUUCACAUGUCCUGCCUCUGCACCGCCAAGAUGGUGCUGGGUUUCUUGCUGGCCUCUUUUGGUUUCGUGGAGUUCUUCUACAUCCUGCUGGAGAGGAGCGAGGAGAUCCAGCAGCACAUGGUCUUCCUUCUCAGCCCUAUAAUACGCAGUAUGACCGUGAUCUUGGCCUUGUGCAUCAUCCAGUUUGAAAGAGUGCGAGGAUGUCGCUCCUCUGUAUUCCUCUUCCUGUUCUGGGUCUUGGCUGUCGUCUGUUCCCUGGUGCCACUCAGAGCAAAGAUCCAGCUGGCCAUGGAUGAGGGGAUUGCAUCCGAUAUUGUACGAUACCUCGCCUUCUUUUCCUACUUCACGAUCCAACUGGCCCAGCUCUUCCUGUGUUGUUUUGCUGACCAGCCUCCAGAGGGGAAAACCGUCUUGGAAAAGAAUCCCUGUCCCGUCAAGGAUGCCUCUUUCCUGUCGAAGAUUCUCUUCUGGUGGUUCACAGGGCUUGUUGUGAAAGGAUAUCGCACCCCCUUGGCAGCUGAGGACCUUUGGACCCUGAGGGAGGAAGACACGUCAAAUAAGAUCAUCUCUGAGCUGCAAGAGGAUUGGACAGCUGAAUGUGCCAAUAUUCAAAAGCAGGAGAAGGCCUUGGCAGCAGGUGUGGCGUUGGGAAGCAGAUUGCCAGACCAGGCUCAGCUGCUUAGGAAGCUGCAGAAGGAGCAGAGCUCUGGUUUCUUCCUGCUCAGGACCCUAGCACGCAAGUUUGGUCCAUACUUCCUGACUGGCACCCUGUGUAUCAUAUUCCACGACGCCUUCAUGUUCGCCAUACCCCAGGUGCUCAGUCUUCUUCUGGAUUUCAUGAGAGAUGAAGACGCCCCACUCUGGAAAGGCUACUUCUACGCCACUCUGAUGUUCCUCCUAUCCUGUCUCCAGUCCCUCUUCAACCAUCAGUACAUGUAUACUUGCUUCACAGUGGGGAUGAGGGUGAAGACAGCUGUUAUGGGCUUAGUUUACAGGAAGUCUUUAGUGAUAAACAGCGCUUCCAGGAGGACCUGCACUGUGGGCGAGAUUGUGAAUCUGGUUUCAGCAGACACUCAGAAGCUCAUGGACUUUGUGGUGUAUUUCAAUGCUGUCUGGCUGGCUCCAAUCGAAAUUGCUCUUUGUCUCUUCUUCCUCUGGCAGCAUCUUGGCCCAUCAGCUUUAGCAGGGAUUGCCACUGUCAUUCUCAUUUUUCCACUCAAUGGAAUCAUCGCAAAGAAAAGGAGCAAGCUGCAGGAGAUUCAAAUGAAGUUCAUGGACGGCCGCAUCAGACUGAUGAAUGAGAUUCUGAAUGGAAUUAAGAUCUUGAAGUUCUACGCCUGGGAGAAAGCCUUCCUGGAGCAGGUUCUGGGACACAGAGAAAAGGAGCUCAAAGCCCUGAAGAAGUCACAAAUCCUUUAUUCCAUCUCCAUUGCAUCGUUCAACUCCUCUUCUUUCCUGAUCGCGUUUGCCAUGUUUGGCGUGUAUGUGACUCUGGAUGACAGGAACGUCCUGGAUGCACAGAAAGUGUUUGUCUCGAUGGCGCUGAUCAACAUCCUGAAGACCCCUCUAAGUCAACUUCCAUUUGCUAUAAGCACGACGAUGCAGGCUAUGGUUUCACUGAGACGUUUGGGAAAGUACCUGUGCUCUGAGGAACUCAAGGCGGACAAUGUCUCAAAGGCUCCUUUGAGUUCUGAUGGGGAAGACGUGGCAAUAGAGAAUGGCACUUUCAGCUGGUCUGCAGAGGGCCCUCCAUGUCUUAAAAGGAUUAGCAUCCACGUGCCACGAGGUUCCCUUGUUGCUGUGGUGGGACAUGUGGGCAGUGGAAAGUCUUCUUUGUUGUCGGCCAUGCUCGGUGAAACAGAGAAAAGAAGUGGCCGUGUCAGUGUCAAGGGCUCUGUGGCUUAUGUGCCUCAGCAGGCUUGGAUACAGAACGCCACAGUCCAUGACAACAUCAUAUUCGGCCGUGAAAAGCUGAAAUCAUGGUACAACAGAGUGCUGGAGGCGUGUGCGCUGAUGCCCGAUCUGGACAUCCUACCUGCUGGAGACACUACAGAAAUUGGAGAGAAGGGUCUGAACCUCUCAGGUGGACAGAAGCAGAGAGUGAGCCUGGCCAGGGCUGUCUAUAGAAAGGCUGAUGUGUACCUCCUGGAUGAUCCUCUAUCUGCUGUUGAUGCCCAUGUGGGCCAGCACAUCUUUGACAAAGUCAUUGGACCUAAAGGAGUCCUGAGAGACAAGACCCGCAUCCUGGUGACCCAUGGGAUGAGCUUCCUGCCGCAGGCUGACCAUAUCCUGGUCCUGGUAGAUGGAGAAAUCACAGAGAGUGGAUCCUACCAAGAGCUCCUCAGCCGACAUGGUGCCUUUGCCGACUUCAUCCACACCUUCGCCAACACUGAGAGAAAGGAGAGCGCCAUACAGAGAGCUGGUUCCAGAAGAUCUAAUGCUCGUCUCAGCAUGGUGGACUUCAUGCCGUUCUCCAGAGACCUGUCACAGGAGCAGCUCAUUGGGGGCGACACCACUAAUACCAACCUGCAAAAUAUGGAGCCUGUGUCCGAAACAGACCAGGAGCAGAUACCAGAGGACCUGGGCAAACUGACUCAGGCUGACAAGGCUCGCACUGGAAGGGUCAGGUUGGAUAUGUACAAGAAGUACUUCAAGACCAUCGGCUUGGCCAUCAUCAUUCCCAUCGUCUUCCUGUACGCCUUCCAGCAGGGCGCCUCACUGGCCUACAACUACUGGCUCAGCAUGUGGGCCGACGACCCCGUCGUUAAUGGCACACAGAUCGAUACUGACCUGAAGUUGGCCGUUUUUGGAGCAUUGGGCUUUGUACAAGGUGUUGCAAUUUUUGGUACCACUGUUGCCAUCUCCAUCUGUGGCAUCAUCGCCUCUCGUCACCUGCACAUGGACCUGCUGAUCAAUGUGCUGCGCUCCCCGAUGUCUUUCUUCGAGUGCACCCCCAGCGGCAACCUGCUCAACCGCUUCGCCAAAGAGAUCGACGCCAUAGACUGCAUGGUCCCUGACGGCUUGAAGAUGAUGCUGAGUUAUGUCUUCAAGCUCAUGGAGGUCUGCAUCAUCGUGAUGUUGGCUACACCUUUCGCUGCUGUGAUCAUCCUGCCUCUGGCUUUCCUUUACGCCUUCGUCCAGAGCUUCUACGUUGCCACAUCCUGUCAGCUGCGGAGGCUGGAAGCUGUGAGCCGCUCGCCCAUCUACACCCACUUCAAUGAGACGGUGCAGGGCGCCAGCGUCAUCCGGGCCUUUGGCGAGCAGUCCAGGUUCAUUAUGCAGGCCAAUGAGAGGGUUGACUUCAAUCAGACGUCCUACUUCCCUCGAUUUGUGGCAACUCGGUGGCUGGCUGUCAAUCUGGAGUUUGUUGGUAAUGGUGUGGUCUUAGCUGCUGCCAUUCUCUCUGUGAUGGGAAGAAGCACCCUGAGCCCAGGCAUCGUUGGUUUGGCUGUGUCACAUUCGCUCCAGGUGACCGGGAUCCUGAGCUGGAUUGUGAGAUCAUGGACAGAUGUAGAAAACAAUAUUGUGUCUGUGGAGAGAGUCAGCGAGUAUGCUGAAACUGCUAAAGAGGCCAGUUGGAGUGUAGAGGGCAGCUCCUUGCCCCCAGCCUGGCCCCAGAGAGGCACUCUAGAGUUCCAGGACUACGGGCUGCAGUACCGUAAAGGCCUUGAGUUGGCUCUGAAGGGCAUUACCUUGCAGAUUCAUGAAAGAGAGAGAGUUGGAAUUGUGGGAAGGACCGGAGCAGGGAAGUCCUCACUUGCCCUGGGAAUCUUUAGGAUCUUAGAGGCAGCGAAAGGAAAGAUCUUUAUCGAUGGAGUUAACAUCGCAGACAUCGGACUCCAUGACCUCAGAUCUCGUAUUACAAUCAUUCCUCAGGACCCCGUGCUGUUCUCAGGCUCCCUCCGAAUGAACCUUGACCCCUUUGACACCUACACUGAUGAGGAGAUGUGGCGUACACUGGAGCUUGCUCAUCUGAAAAACUUUGUGUCAAAUCUUCCUGACAAACUGAACCAUGAAUGCUCAGAGGGAGGAGAAAACCUCAGUCUGGGUCAGCGACAGCUGGUUUGCUUGGCCAGAGCCUUGCUUAGGAAAACCAAGAUCUUGGUUUUGGAUGAGGCGACUGCUGCUGUGGACCUGGAGACAGACACGCUCAUCCAGUCAACAAUCCGCACUCAGUUUGAAGACUGUACUGUCCUGACCAUUGCUCAUCGCCUUAACACUAUCAUGGACUACACCAGAGUGAUCGUCAUGGACAGAGGCCACAUUUCUGAAAUGGACUCUCCAGCCAACCUCAUCGCCCAGCGGGGACAGUUCUACCGAAUGUGCCGGGAAGCCGGGCUGGUCUAGGUCGCCUUUGUGCUUCUUACAUUGGAGCCUGAAUAGAUGUCGCACCUUAUUUGUGCGGCUCUCAAACACACAUCAGAUCUCACCCUUCCAAGCUUUCUGGCAGCUCAAACGCCUCCUCAUGAGGGCAUUGUCAAUGAAUCUCUGGAGCAGCUGCAGUUGCAGUCUCUUUUUGUUGAUUUUCAACACACGGAUAUGCUCUCCUUAACCUCAGAUGAUGAGCAUGAAGAAAGCUAGAGUGGAUGGUUGUGAAUCUUCAAGCUAUACAUAUUGUACAUAGAGCAGUGGAGCCAGUUUAUUCCAUGAAAGCAUUUAGUGAGGAGCUGGAAUGAAAGAGUAGCACAAAUCUUAAGAAAUUUCAUUCUCUUUUUUGAAUGGGAGCUGUAUUAUUUUUGUAGUUUUUGUAAGUGUAAAGCACAUGACAUAUUUUCUGAUGUUGUCUCAGGCUUUCACGUUGAUGUUUACUCUUAUUCUUAGCCUUGUAUACCAAAUAAGAGGCUAUUUUGUAAUAGUAAAUUUAUAGACAUCUAUUUUGUCUUCUUGUUCCAGAAACUGGGACAGGAAACAGUCUGACACACUAACCUUUAAAAGGUUCACUUUGGCAAACACAGGGGAAGUGAGGUUUUUGCUGCUUUCAAAAUACGAGCUUGGAGCAGCCAAUUUGAAGUUUUUAUAAGUCAGAGAAAAAAAGAGGGAAAGGUUGAAAUGAGCCAAAACAUUAGCAGCCAUCCAACUAUGUUGUGGCUGUUGUUUAUUCCUGUCAAAGUAAACACAUAAAGUCAAUAAAGACCUUGCUGGUCAGAUUUAACCUGACACCGGUAGUGAAAACCACAAUGAAUGAAGAGAAUGCCUCUUCAAAACAAUGGUGAUAAAUCUUUCUGUGAUUGUCUCUCUGCCUCCACCACACAUCUCAGGCCGUACACACAUAUGCAAGAUAAAAAAAAUAUGUAUUGUUCUUCUGGUGCUGACAUGACAGACUGUAAAUAGUCCAAGUUGACCUUUAGACUCAAUUCGAAGGAAGAACCCAAUGAACUCUUCGAAGAGGAGAGGCAUUUACUGUUUUUUUGUCUUACUGGUUUAGACAAUAUAUUCUCAGAGAAGCCCGAAAGUUAUUUAUGUCAUAUGACAAAAUGUAUUAAGUGUCCUUGAAAUUAAAGGGAUUGUAUUAUAUUUA